AUCGGGGAAGCUGGUCAUAAAGCGUCCAUCGAGCCUUCGCGCGUCCAAGUGCCUGCAACUGUUUCACCGACGUUGACGCGCCAUGGCAAAUCUCGAAGGAAAGGUCGCCCUCAUCACCGGAGGCGCGGCAGGCCUGGGAAGGGCCAUCGCAGCAGCGCUCCUCGGCAAAGGAUGCAAAGUUGCGUUGUUAGACAUUGACGAGAAGCAAGGAACUAAAACGGCAGCGGAAUUCCAACAGAGACACGGAAAGGAAAGCUGCGUGUUUUACAAGUGUGACGUCACAAAUGAAGGCCAACUGGAAGACUGUUUCAAGAACACAAGGUCAAAAUUUGGAGCACUGGACAUAUUGGUCAAUAAUGCUGGCAUCUUUUCUGAAGACAACUGGAGGAAGAUGUUUGCCAUCAACAUUGAGUCCGUGUAUUCGGGUAUUCUGCUCGGCUUCAAGUACAUGGGUAAAGACAAGGGCUACAACGGCGGCCACAUCAUCAACACGGCUUCAAUUGUCGGCAUCUACGUAGCGCCUCCUGCACCUGCGUACAACACGUCCAAGUCUGCUGUUGUCGCCAUGACCAGGGCAUUUGGGUCCAAGCUUCAUCUUGAUCGCCACGGAGUUAAGGUCAACUGCCUCUGUCCCGACCCAAUAGACACACCAUUGUGGACCCAAAUCACUAACCAUUUGUCCUCGGACAAGAAAACACUCGGAGGCACCGACAAGUUUAAGCAACGAGUACAACAACCCGAGGAUGUCGCGCGAGGUGUCAUCAAGCUUUUGGAAGACGGACAAAACGGCGCGGCAUUGGUGGCUACGAAUGCACAAGGCCUUCGGUACUACAACUUCCAGGAACCAACGCCGGAACUGUAACAACACAAAAAUGAGAAAAGAAACAGUUUGCAUAUUUGUAGGACGUGCUGCCCCUUCCUAAUCAAAUUAAAUCAGUUUAUUUUCCA